ACAGCUUCUCCAGUUUAUCAGCCAGACUCGCAAACUGCAGGGUGUAAGACGAAAUAGCGAGAGGUUCUCUCUGCAGCACUGUGGGGAGAAAGGUCUUUUAAACUGAUCUUUAGCAAAGUGGCGUCUUCGGUUGUGAUAGCAUCAGGGGUUUCCAGUGCUGCAGCCAAUUCCACGGAAGAAAACAUUUAUGUGGACAUCAUGACAGAAAACUACGCAGAGUUCGGAAAAUCGACCGAGAGGUUUCCCAUUGUGCCCGAAAUCUCCAUUCGAAGCUUCACUUUUCGUGUAACUGAAAUCGCUUUAGGACUGGUUGCGUUUUUGGCUGUUAUUGUGUGCAUAAUAUUAGGAUCAAUGGUUAGUUCUGGCGUAGACAAUGGUUCAAAUUCACCGUCCACAAGCGCUCAAGUUGGUCAAAACCAGUUCUGUGUAUCCCCUCCAUGUCUUAAAAGCGCGUCCUAUGUAGUUUCCAAUCUCAAUACUUCUGUCAAGCCCUGUGAUAAUUUCUAUAAAUAUGCUUGUGGGCGUUUCAAGAUUGAAAAUCCUUUGGAUCCCGAAACUUCUUCGAGAACCGUGUACAGAAAUAUGUAUUACCAUAAUGAAGAGAAACUCAAGAAAAUUCUUGAAUCCCCCAUCGUCCGUAGCCAGGACUAUUCCACGGAGCGGAAGUUGAAGCACUAUUUUUCGUCGUGCACUGAUACUUACCGGAAAGAGCGUGCUAAGGGAUCACCUUUGAUCACCAAGGUAAUAAACAACAUUGGAGGCUGGUAUGUACUCGGAACCUUCAACAACAACUCCUUUGAUUUCCACAAUGCCUUUCGGAAGGUCUCUGUCGAUUACUGGACGGCGGCUUUCUACACGUUCCGGGUGGUCACCGACUGGUAUGACUGGCAUAGGAGAGUCAUCGAGUUGGAUUACGCUGGUAUGUCAAUGUAUUGGUAUUACUAUACGGAACCUUUAACUGAAAAGUACAGAAACGAUAUGAAAACAUUCAUGAUGCGUCUUGCGAAUUUCCUCGUCAGGGAUUCGAAUAUAACUUUGGACAACAAUACAAAAAACGCACGCAUAGAGACCUUUAUCAAUGACGCCUUCACCAUAGAAAUGAAUCUAGCCAAUAUCACGAAGAACACAAUGCCAACGUCAGACCCCCACGCUUACGAGAAGAGGGUGUCUAUAUCUGACCUCAAUACCAUGCUUGGUAUAGAGAUUGACUUCGCCACCCAUAUCCAAUACAUGUUUAACGACGCCAAUGUUGGUCCGUCAACAAAAGUUGUUUUACGGGAAGCUGAUUGGUUGAAAAAGAUGAAUGACAUGAUAGGGUCUUUAGGGGCCAAUAAAACUAGGAUGUUGAACAACUACCUGGUCUGGAAGUUGAUAGACCGCUAUGAAACGGAACUUUCCUGGGAGUACGUCCACGCCAACCGUGAGUUCUACGUAGAUAGGUACGGUAUCCCGCAGUUCCUGGGAACCUGGCUUUACUGUUUCCAAAGCAUGGAUCGGUACUUUGGAGACGCGCUUAGUUCUAUGUAUGUUAGGGACCAUUUUGCCGAUGAAAAUAAGGAAAAGGCUCAUGAGAUUCUGGACUAUGUAAAGGAGGCUCUGAUUGACAGCACCAUGCAAAACACGUUCAUGGAUGGUGCUACAAAAGCCAGAGCAAAAUCUAAGAUGCAAGGAAGCUUGGACAAACUCGGCUAUCCAGAUUUUAUGAUGAACGACGCGGCCAUGGACAACCUGUACAGUAGUCUCAACGUGGACCCGUAUGACUAUUUCGGAAACCUCCUGAGCGUGAACAACUACAUCCAGAAGUCGUGGAACAAGAAACUGAAGAACCACGUGAACAAAGAAGAGGAGUGGGUGUACCGGACGUACGACACCUUCAUGUCCUACUACAACCCCUGGAACGAGCUGCUGGUGCCCGCCGGACUCCUUCAGUUCCCGUUCUACGACUACACGCUCCCUCACUUCAUGAACUUUGGCUCUAUGGGAAGCGUUAUAGCUCACCAUCUUGUCCAUGGCAUCGAUCACUCAGGAGGGCACUACAAUGUGGAAGGCGUCCAUGAGGAUUGGUGGAGCAACCAGACGACCAACAAGUGGAAAGAUGCCAAGAAGUGUGUGGAGAACUACUACAACAACCAGAGCAUGGGUCCAUUCACCAUCCCAGGACAGACCAUUCCUGUCAAGGUGCCAGUAAAUGGUUUAAGAUGGUCGGCAGAAGCGAUGGCUGAAACUAGCGGAGUCCAGAUAGCAUAUAAAGCUUACAAAAAAUGGGUUCAGAAGAACGGUGGAGAGAAACUGGCUCCUGGAUUAGGCCUGACCAACGACCAGAUGUUCUUUGUCUCAUAUGCGCAGGCUAGCUGCUACAACCGAAAUGACAAUGUUGGCUAUUACAAUGCCGUCCGAGGAUUGGUGUCAGAGGACAUUAGAACAAACAGUGCCUUAGCGCAGAUUAAGGCGUUCUCAACAGCAUUCAACUGUCCAGCAAAGACGCCGAUGAAUGCGGAAGUUAAGUGUGCCAUGUAUGGAUAGAACCAAAAACAGAUCCAUUUCAAUAUUACAGACGCCAUGCCGGGAUUAUUCCUAAUGCAACUGGACUAGUGUUGAAAAUGUCUAUGAAAUGAACAAUGACCAACUCUUUACACAUUUUGAAAUGCAAAAAACAAUUAAAUAUAAACUAUUGUGAGGCUCGUAUAUAAUUAUAUAAUUCUGUUAAUAAUGUCUAUGAUAUACCCGGUCUAUUCAAUAAUGACAAUUGAUCGCGUGCAUUAUAUAUGACAUGUACAUGUAUAUCCACAAUGCUUUAUAAAUGAUUAAUUAAAUGAUGAUAGUGGGAGUAUUUUAGUAUUCAUAUGAUCUUUAUUAACAUACCUGUAGUCUAUUCCUUAUCCUUGCGUACUGUAUACUUGUACAUGUAUCUGCUUUGUAUAACACGUUCUCAGUACAUUGUACAGGAAUUUCAAAUAAAUUUUGAAAAUGUC